AUGAACCGGAUUCCUUUGAGGGCCCAUCGGGGCUCUCAGGCUCAAAGAGCUGCAAUUUGCCAAUUCUGUGAAUUCUCAGCCUCCACCACGCGCCGUGCCCUUCCCCUCGCUUGCCUGGCCGGGAAGCCCGAAGGACGGGCUUCAAACAGCAACCUCGUGUUGCAGUCGUCGCGACCGAAUGUACCACAGCAAUCAACCUACACACUUUCUGCUACGCGGUAUAAGUCGCACGUGGCAUCUCAGAAAGCCGAGAAAGCCGUGGAAACGGACGCGAGCCCGGAGCAGCCUUCUGCCACGAAUGAAGAUAAUGGAGCCAUUGAAACGACCCACCGUUCUCUCGAGGACCUCGUCAAAAUGGCCAUUAGAUGCCAAUCAAAUGCAUACAGACUGCUAGGAUCUGACCAAGUGCCUGAGAAUCAGUCCGUGGAGAAGGUCCUUCUCCAAUGUGAACAGACAGCCCGGUCACUCUCGCCAUACUGGGAUGUGCGCGAUGACAACUCGACGACCAGUGAUGGAAAUGCGAUCUCUUCCCUACUGGAGAUGGAAGAGAAGCGGGGAUCCACAACACAGCGACAUGAGGUAGAGCAAGCCCUCCGCGGGCUGGCAGAUCAACUCUCGGGGGUCAUGACACAACUUAUCAUAGACGAGAAGGUCUUCAUCUCUCCCACAGCGCUGGAGCGUUACGUCAGGGCCCAGUGCAUCUUGAACAGGGCUGAACACCUUCCCGAGGUCUUCCAUCUCUAUGCCAACAAGCCUAUUCCCGAGGAGAAGAGUAGCCCGCCUAAAUUCCACAAGGCCAAUCCAAAGGAUGUCAACAGCGCUGUCUCCGCGGAGCUGGCAAACCAGGCCAUUGAUGUUGCUAUUAAGCAAAAGAAUCUCCCACUGGUACUUGCAAUGAUCGACAACACCUUCUGUGCACCUGCUUUCCAUCGCGCAAAGGUCUUCCGCAAGGCUGCCGUCCCUCUGGCUGGUCUGGCCGCUGCCCCGGCCGCGUGUUUCACGCUGGCAUCUUGGGCGUCGACGUUCCAAAACACCAUGGACCCUAGCACGGCGACUGGUAUUGCGUUUGCCGCAUCACUAGCCUAUGUUGCGGGUACUUCCUCCAUUGGCAUUCUGGCCAUCACUACUGCCAAUGACCAGAUGAAGCGUGUUACCUGGUUGCCUGGUGUUCCUUUGCGGCAUCGAUGGCUGCGCGAGGAGGAGCGUGCUGCGCUGGAUAAAGUUGCUUGUGCAUGGGGAUUCCAGGAUCCAUACAUGCAUGGCGAGGAGACGGGUGAGGAAUGGGACAGUCUCCGCGAGUUUAUUGGCAUGCGGGGUAUGAUUUUGGAUAAGACAGAGUUGAUGGAAGGCAUGCAGUAG